AUGCCAUCUUUGCACAAAGAAUACCUGACCCUGGUGCCCCCGUCUGUAAAUCUGCAGUGCGUGUUUGGGGGUUCGUGCCCCUCUGUAUGGCAGAAUAAGAUGGUUAUGUCUCAGGGCACAUACACUUUUCUCAGUUGUUUCGCUGGUUUCUGGCUUAUCUGGGGACUCAUAGUACUGCUGUGUUGCCUGUGCAGUUUUCUAAGACGCCGCAUGAAGAGACGUAGAGAAGAAAGGCUGCGGGAGCAGAGUCUACGUUCUGUACACAUUGAACCACUUCAGUAUGAGGAGUAUGUCAGCAGCAGCCCUCGCAUCCCUGUGGCACAUCGGAUUCGGGCACAGCAGGCAGCCCAACCACCACCACAACAACCAGCAGCAGCACAAGCUCGACCAUGGUCUGCAACACGCAGGAAUGAACCGGACUUGUCUCAACCACCUUGUUAUGAAGAAGCACUACUCAUGGCUGAACCCCCUCCACCAUACAGUGAGGUCCUUACUGAUACUCGAGGCAUCUACAGAAAAAUCCUCAGUCCUUUUCUCUCUGUUCAGGAUGAGCUGGUGAAACCAGAGCAACCCCUGAGCCAUAAACAACAUCUCACAGGACAACAAAAUACUCAACCACUUCCUGGCGCCCUAAGCUCCCAGAUUCCACCCAAUCCCCCUCAAGAAGCACCAAGCCGAAGACGGCCAUCUUGGUCAGGCUCUGAAAUUGGAAGUGGAGUACUGCCUGGAUUGCCAAGGGGCUGCCAACUGAUUUUCCCAAUUCCCCUUCUGGGCAGGACUACAGCUGUUUAA